GCUGGAGCUGCUGGGGGAGGACAGGCCAGGCUGUGAUGCCGCUGGAUGAUGGCUGCCUUCGGGAUCCUAAGUUACGAACACCGGCCAUUGAAGCGGCCCCGGCUCGGCCCUCCGGACGUUUAUCCUCAAGACCCAAAGCAGAAAGAGGAUGAAUUAACUGCGUUGAAUGUGAAGCAAGGAUUCAACAACCAGCCGGCUGUGUCUGGUGAUGAACAUGGCAGUGCCAAAAAUGUCAACUUCAACCCGGCAAAGAUCAGUUCAAACUUCAGCAGUAUCAUCGCUGAGAAGCUGCGUUACAACACCUUCCCUGACACUGGGAAGCGCAAACCACAGGUCAACCAGAAAGAUAACUUUUGGCUGGUCACAGCGAGGUCCCAGAGCUCUAUCAACAAUUGGUUCACGGACUUAGCUGGGACUAAACCGCUCACACAGCUGGCUAAAAAGGUGCCAAUCUUCAGCAAGAAAGAGGAGGUUUUCGGAUACUUGGCCAAGUACUCUGUCCCUGUCAUGCGUUCAGCUUGGAUGAUCAAGAUGACCUGUGCUUAUCACGCAGCCAUCACAGAAACUAAAGUCAAGAAGAGACAUGUGAUCGAUCCUUGUAUAGAAUGGACCCAGAUCAUCACCAAGUACCUGUGUGAGCAGCUUCAGAAGGUGGCUGAGUUCUACAGGCAGUGCCCCAGUCAAGGCUGCAGCUCGCCGCUCCCAGCAACACCGGCAGAUGUGGAAACUGCCACGAAACAGUGGGAGUACAACGAAAAAUUAGCCAUGUUCAUGUUUCAGGACGGUAUGUUGGACAGACACGAGUUCCUCACGUGGGUGCUGGAAUGCUUUGAGAAAGUCCGACCUGGUGAAGAUGAACUGCUUCGACUUCUUCUACCCCUUCUGCUUCAGUACUCAGGGGAAUUCGUACAGUCAGCUUAUUUGUCGCGGAGACUGGCUUAUUUCUGCACUCGCCGCCUCAACCUGUUGCUAAGCGACGGUAGCCUGGGUCCCAGCGCAGGAGGGCAUCCAGCACAUGGCAUCUUGACACCUCAGGGUAACGCCCUGCCCCCCACACCUACUUCCCAGCCAGCAGGAGUGAACCAACCCCAAACACCUUUCACAGACUUCUAUAUCUGCCCUCAGCAUCGCCCUCUAGUUUUUGGUCUCAGUUGUAUGUUACAGAGUAUAGUGCUGUGUUGCCCUAGUGCUCUGGUUUGGCACUACUCACUAACCGACAGUAGGAACAAGACCGGCUCUCCUCUCGACCUCCUGCCGAUUGCUCCCUCCAGUUUACCAAUGCCAGGUGGAAAUACAGCCUUCACUCAGCAGGUCCGUGCUAAGCUGAGAGAAAUUGAGGAGCAAAUAAAAGAGAGGGGUCAGGCAGUGGAGUUCCGCUGGUCAUUCGAUAAGUGCCAGGAGACCACAGCAGGCUUCACAAUCGGGCGCGUUCUGCACACACUGGAGGUUUUAGACAACCACAGCUUUGAGAAGUCGGACUUCAAUAACUCGCUGGAUUUCCUGUACAACCGAAUAUUUGGCUCUGGCCAGAGCAAGGAUGGCCAUGAGAUGUCACCUGAUGAUGACGCUGUGGUGACCUUGCUGUGUGAAUGGGCCGUGUGCUGCAAGCGCUCUGGUAGACACAGGGCGAUGGUGGUAGCCAAGCUGCUGGAGAAGAGACAAGCUGAAAUAGAAGCAGAGCGCUGUGGUGAGUCAGAGGUGGUGGAUGAAAAGGGUUCCGUGUCAUCAGGUUCCCUGUCCACUGCAAUGCUUCCGGUCUUUCAGGAUGUGCUGCUUCAGUUCCUCGACACUCAAGCUCCAAUGCUGACGGAGCCUGGCAAUGAAAAUGAAAGGGUGGAAUUCUCCAACCUGGUCCUGCUCUUCUGUGAGCUUAUCCGUCACGACGUCUUCUCCCACAAUAUUUAUAUGUGCACACUCAUUUCCCGGGGCGACCUGUCUUCUGACUCCCACCUGCCACGCCCACGCUCGCCAAGUGAUGAGCCCUCUGAUGAGUCAGACCGCAAGGAGCAGGACACCGGCAGCAGUGUCAAGAUGGAGGACACUGGCCUGUCAGAGUCUAUGGAGAUUGAUCACAACUCCAGUGCUAAUUUUGAUGAGAUGUUUUCUCCCCCAAUGCACUGUGAAACUAAGGGGAGCCCCUCCCCCGAAAAGCCAGUACCAGACCAGGACAGCAAGGCUGGGUGUAAGGACAAGUUUGUGGACCCAGCGUUUCCUCAACUGUAUGAUCAACCCAGACACAUUCAGUACGCCACCCACUUCCCGAUUCCCCAGGAGGAGAGUGCCAGUCAUGAGUGCAACCAGCGAUUAGUGGUUCUUUAUGGUGUGGGGAAGCUGAGAGACGAAGCCCGGCACACCAUCAAGAAAAUAACCAAAGAUAUCUUGAAGGUGCUCAACCGCAAAAGCACAGCAGAAACAGGAGGGGAGGAAGGACAAAAGAGGAAGAGGAGUAAGCCAGAAGCCUUUCCCACUGCAGAGGAUAUCUUCUCCAAGUUCCAGCACCUCUCCCACUUUGACCAGCAUCAGGUCACCUCCCAGGUUUCCAGAAAUGUGCUGGAACAGAUCACCAGCUUUGCCUUAGGGAUGUCAUAUCACUUGCCUCUAGUUCAACACAUCCAGUUCAUAUUUGACCUCAUGGAGUAUUCUCUCAACAUUAGUGGCCUCAUAGAUUUUGCAAAUCAGCUGCUGAAUGAGCUAAGCCUGGUAGAAGCCGAGCUCCUGCUGAAGUCGUCGAGUCUGGUGGGCAGCUACACCACCAGUCUGUGUCUGUGCAUCGUAGCUGUGCUGAGGAGGUACCACUCCUGCCUGAUCCUCAAUCCUGAGCAGACGGCGCAGGUUUUUGAUGGGCUGCGCAUCGUUGUGAAAUCUGGUGUGAAUCCAGCGAAUUGCUCUUCUGCUGAACGUUGCAUCUUGGCCUACUUGUACGAUCUCUACACCUUCUGCAGUCACCUGAAGAACAAGUUUGGUGAAAUCUUCAGCGAGUUCUGCUCCAAAGUGAAGAACUCCAUCUACUGUAAUAUCGAUCCAUCGGACUCCAACAUGCUAUGGGAUCCGGUGUACAUGAUGGAGGCCAUAGCCAACCCCACAGCUCACAACUUUAACCACCCAAUGGUGGGCACCAACCUGAACAACAGUCCCGCUAACCGCUACAGCUUUGUCUGUAACGUGCUGAUGGAUGUGUGUGUGGACCAUCGAGACCCAGAGAGGGUAAAUGACAUUGGGAUCCUGUGUGCGGAGUUGACGGCAUAUUGUCGGUCCCUGAGUGCCGAGUGGCUCGGCAUCCUGAAAGCUCUCUGCUGCUCCUCAAAUAAUGGCAACUGUGGAUUUAACGACCUGCUGUGUAAUGUGGAUGUUAGUGAUUUGUCCUUCCAUGAUUCACUGGCAACUUUUGUCGCCAUCCUCAUCGCUCGACAGUGCCUGCUCCUAGAAGACCUGGUUCGCUGUGUAGCUAUCCCCUCACUCCUCAAUGCAGCGUGCAGUGAGCAAGACUCUGAACCUGGGGCCAGACUCACCUGCAGGAUUCUGUUGCAUCUGUUCAAGACACCGCAGAGAAACCCGGUUCCCCAUGAUGGGGUGAAGUCAGAUAAGUCAUCGGUCGGCAUCCGAUCCUCUUGUGAUCGUCACCUUCUGGCAGCUUCUCAGAACAGUAUCGUUGUUGGGGCUGUGUUUGCUGUCCUCAAGGCUGUUUUCAUGCUGGGUGAUGCUGAGCUGAGGGGAUCAGGACUGUCACACAACGCUGGCCUCGACGACAUAUCUGAGGGACGCAAUGUCUCAAUAGAGACAGCCAGUUUGGAUGUGUAUGCGAAGUAUGUGCUGAAGACCAUAUGCCAGCAGGAGUGGGUGGGUGAGCGCUGCCUGAAGUCUCUCUCUGAAGACAGCAGUGCCCUUCAGGACCCAGUUCUGGUCAACAUUCAAGCUCAGCGUCUGCUGCAGCUCAUUUGCUACCCUCACCGCCAGCUGGACAGUGAUGACGGCGACAACCCUCAGAGGCAGCGCAUCAAACGCAUCCUACAGAAUAUGGACCAAUGGACCAUGAGGCAGUCGUCACUGGAGCUGCAGCUGAUGAUCAAGCAGAGCACCAACAAUGAGCUUUAUUCUCUUUUGGAGAACAUAGCAAAGGCCACGAUCGAGGUCUUUCAGAAGUCAGCUGAGAUGAACUCCAGUAACCUCUCAGGGAAUGGAGCAGCAGUCCAAGGAGGCUCUGCAUCCAACAGCAGCAGCACCAGCAGCAAGAUAAAACCUAUUUUAAGUUCCUCUGAACGAUCUGGUGUUUGGCUGGUGGCACCUUUGAUCGCAAAGCUGCCCACUUCAGUUCAAGGCCAUGUUCUGAAAGCAGCAGGGGAAGAGUUGGAGAAAGGUCAACAUCUGAGCUCUUCAUCACGCAAGGAGAGAGACCGACAGAAACAGAAGAGCAUGUCUCUGCUGAGUCAGCAGCCAUUCCUGUCAUUGGUGCUGACCUGUUUGAAGGGUCAGGACGAGCAGAGGGAGGGUCUGCUCACCUCGUUGUACAGCCAAGUUCAGCAGAUUGUCACCAACUGGAGGGAAGACCAGUACCAGGACGACUGCAAAGCCAAGCAGAUGAUGCACGAGGCUCUAAAACUGAGACUCAAUUUGGUUGGUGGGAUGUUUGAUACAGUCCAGCGCAGCACGCAACAGACGACAGAGUGGGCUGUUCUGCUCCUCGACAUCAUCAGCAGUGGAACUGUUGACAUGCAGUCCAACAAUGAACUUUUUACAACCGUGCUCGACAUGUUGAGCGUGCUCAUCAAUGGCACGCUGGCUGCUGACAUGUCCAGCAUCUCUCAGGGCAGUAUGGAGGAGAACAAGAGGGCUUACAUGAACCUGGUCAAGAAGCUCAGGAAAGAGCUUGGGGAUCGACAGUCAGAGAGUUUGGAGAAAGUCCGCCAGCUCCUGCCGCUGCCCAAGCAAACGCGCGAUGUCAUAACAUGUGAGCCUCAGGGGUCACUGAUCGACACAAAGGGGAACAAAAUAGCCGGCUUUGAGAAGGAGGGACUUCAAGUUUCAACCAAGCAGAAGAUUUCUCCCUGGGAUGUCUUUGAAGGACUCAAACACUCAGCUCCUCUGUCAUGGGGCUGGUUUGGCACCGUUCGAGUGGACCGCAAGGUCACCAAGUUCGAGGAGCAGCAGCGGUUCCUGCUCUACCACACUCACUUGAAGCCUAAGCCUCGAAGCUAUUACCUGGAGCCACUUCCCCUGCCUCCUGAAGAGGAGGAGCCUCUGACCCCUGUCUCCCAGGAGCCUGAGAAGAAGAUGAUGGAGGCUGUGAAGCCGGAGAAGAACGUUCCAGCUGUCCCCACUGACACAAACAGGAAGAAACCUAAUAAAAAGAAGAAGGCCCAGCCUCCUAAAACCGAGUAUUCUACUCACCAAGACUACGUGAACCGACCCAGCGGUGGAGUACCGUAUGCAACCAACAUGCCGCCCGAAAUGAUGCCCAAUCAUCCGUAUGGUCGACCAACAUACGGCCAACCAACCAUGAGCAUGUACACGCAGAACCAGCCGCUACCUCCAGGUGGACCCGGUUUAGACCCUCCAUACAGACCAGCCCGGAAUCCGCCCAUGAAUAAAAUGAUGCAGACGAGACCCCCCUACCCAGGACUCAUGCCUGGAAUGCAGGCAAACAUGCCCGGCAUGAUGGGGAUGGACAAGCAGUACCAGAUGGGCUACAAGCCGCAACCUAACAUGCCGCAGAACCCCAACUUACGGCAGCAGCUUCAGGUCCGACUGAACCAGAGCAUGAUCGGGCAGCAGAUCAGGCAGAUCACGCCCAACCAGCCGUACACUUCCUUACAAGCGUCACAGAACAUAUCUCAGGGCUAUACCUCGUACGGAUCACACAUGGGGAUGCAGCCACACCCUUCGCAAGGCGCUGGUAUUGUUCCUACCUCCUACGGCCAGAACUUCCAAGGCAAUCAUCCCGGGGCGAACCCGGCUGUGGUGGAUCCUCUGAGGACGCAGCCGAGGCCCAGCGGCUACGUUCACCAGCAGGCGCCAGGCUACGCACACAACAUGCAGAACGCACAGAGGUUUCCUCACCAGAACUUACAACAGAACCAGAUCAUUCAUGGUCUUGGUCACAUGGGCGGGCAGGGUGUCCAUCCAGGCAUGAGGCCUAAUCAGAUGCUGGCAGAGCAGCAGCAACAGCAGCAGCAGCAACAGCAACAACAACAACAGCAGCAACAACAACAACAACAACAGCAGCAGCAGCAGCAACAGGCAGCACAGCAGCAGCAACAACAACAACAGCAGCAGCAGCUGUACUUAAGACAACAAGCUCUGAGGCAACAACAGGCUCAACAAGUGCAGCAGCAACAGCAGCAGCAGGUCCAGCAGCAGCAGCAACAGGUUCCCCAGCAACAGGUCCAGCAGCAGCAACAACAACAGCAACAACAGCAGCAGGUUUCAGCUGUAGCGCCACCUGGCCAGGCACAGAACCAAGGUCUGGGCAUGCAACCGCUUCCCCCACAACAACCAAUGUUUCCUCGACAGGGCAUGCAGCAGACCCAGCAGCAGCAGCAGACCGCCGCGCUGGUCCGACAACUGCAACAGCAGCUCUCAAGUACACAGCCGGGUCAAGGUGCCAAUAGUUAUUACUGAUGAAUCUGGACUGGCGUCGGGAGUUGUACCCGCCUGCACGUCGGCAGGUGGAUUCUGGGUAAAAGUGGACCAGUGAACGGCAUCUGGAAGUGACAGCAGGAAUUUGUCUUUUUUUUCUUCUUCUUCUUCUUCUUCAGUUUUUAUAAUUGAGGAACGUUGGCGGAGCGAAUGGGGGGGCAGUACAAUGUAAAAAAAAAAUACCAGAAAUUAUGAGAAUAAUGCAAUUUAGUUUUUGUCCUUUUUUAAUUUUAUUUCAAUUUGUACAAUUUCUCAGUUUCGUGUAAUUUCUCAUUAAAAAUCCGUGUCGGUUUUUAUGUCUUGUAUUUGUGUCGGACUUGUUUUGUUUUUGCCCUCCAUCUCCAGUGUGUCGUCAGGAUGAGAGGGUUUAUAAAACAGAGGAGACAGUAAACAGAAGUGAAAUGGGGGGGUGAGUUUUUUUUUAAACAGUUCCAUGCAUUUGCUGUUCCACACUCUCACAUCUGAGUGGAACAUUGGCCUUGGCUUUCAUUCCUUUUAAGGGUUGUGCAGAGUUGAUGUAAACUUGUAUGGGAACAACGGUUGGAUUUGUGGGGAAACACCUCAUUUGUUUACUGGGAGGUUUCCAUUUUUGGUGAAAUAACACUGUUGAGGGC